ACCAACCAAGUAAGACCUGGGUUAGGAGCCAUGUGUGCGGUUUUCUUUGGUCUCUCCAAAUUGUAAAAAGGCAACACGUCGUGCUCUGUUUGUUCCACCAAAAUAAAUUCUGUUUGGCUGCUGGAAAGAGUUUACUGCUUUUAAAAUAUUUAGCUACUUACUCGACUUAAAAUUUGUAUAUGCAAUGGCAAAAUUAGUUGAUGUGUAUCGAGCAGAAAAGAAACCCUCCAUAAGUAGGAGACAGCUUCCACUUCUCAUUGAUGAAAAUCUCGCUAUGGUAAUGGACUUAAACGGAAUGGGUUUAGUGUGUGAUAGCCCUAUGAUUAGGGGGAAAGAACUGGACGACUUUCUCCGAAAGUUCAAUGUGUUAACUCCGUCAGAAAUGAAGAGUGCAUUUGAAGUAACGUGUAAAGAUUUGUUGGGAAUUCUGAGUCAGACAGUACCAUGUGUUGGUUGUCGAAGAAGUGUUGAAAGGUUGUUCUACCAGUUGAUGAAGUCUGGGUACAGAGCUCUUGAUCCUCUUUUUGUCUCACCUGAAGGAGUUUUGUCAGUUUGCAAGGCACAGUUGGAAUCACCACAAGUGUUGUGUACACUUCUACAUGGACAUAGUUCAAGAUUGAUUGAUUUAGUGGAAAGUCAGCCUCGUUCAAAGAAAAGCCAUCGCUGUAAUCUCCACUCCCUGGAUUCACAGCGUUCACGUCCCAUUACUAGUGCUUGGGUGGAUGUAUGGGAAUGCAUGCGACCCCAAUGCAAAGAGGAGGUUGUGCUGAUAGAGUCCUCCACUCUUCUGACUACUCUAGAGAACUAUCUUCGCAAGCAUAGGUUCUGUGGAGAGUGCCGAACUAAGGUACUCCGGGCUUAUACGCUACUUGUGGAGGAGCCAGAUCCUUGCCGAGAGAAAGGUUAUGUACCUGCUCUGUAUUUAGGAAUCAAACGAUGCAUCCAAGAGAAGCACAUUCAUCUGCAGGCUCGAACAGCAUACAUUGCUAAUCUGAUUACACGGGCAGAGCCAGAACUGAUGGGCAGCCGCAGAGAACGCCAUGCAAAGACUCUGGAAAUUGCUCAAGAGGAGGUUUUAACUUGCUUGGGUUUGUGUGUAUAUGAGAGACUGCAUCGUAUCAACCUUCGCCUUCGUGAGGAAGAGUGUACAUGCCAAGUUCUUGCAGCGGUCGCUAUAGAAGCCUUAUGCCGAAACUUUGAGAUGGCUGUGGAAGUGAAACAAGGAGUAUCUCAGCUGGAACUGUUGUAUGAACAAAUAACAAAAGAGGAACUAGCAAAACAACAAAGGAAGGAACACAAGAAACAAAAGAGGAGGAAGAAGAAAGAAAAGAGGGCAGAACUGGAAGAAAAAGAGAAUAAUUGUGAGUGUGAAUCAGAAGAAAAUGCUGAACCCUUCAGUUCAUGCACAUGUUUGGACCCAAAACCUGCUCUACAAAACACUGAUAGGCAUAAGUUGCAAGUGUUGGAUCACAAAAGUAAGGGCUCACCAACAUGUUACUGUGAAGACUGUAUACAACGUAAAAGGGAUAAAGGAUCAUUAAUGGGAUCUGUAGAAACUGAACCAAAUAAAGCACAGAGAAGUAGUGAUAAACAGCAGGAACAACAUAAGAGGAAAACUGGUGCUAAUUGUUCACCUGAGGAACCAGCUUCAAAUAACAACAGCUUAUUGUCAAAUAUAAGGAUCUCCUCUCCAACUUUUCCCUCUUCAGCCACUCCACAACAGCAGUUAUCACUGUCACCAUGCCAGUCAUGCAAGAACACUCAAGAUUUAGUCGAGACAUCGGCACCUCUUCUCAACACCAAUUCCUCCUUAAAGAACUGCUUACAUUGCAAUGGCAACUGGUCAUCAAGUGAGCACUCUCAAGACUGUGGCUAUUCAUCAGAGAACAAUAAUGGAUGCUGUGAUACAGGGUCUGCUUCAUCUAGCCUUCCCAGCUCUCCUGAGGGAUCAGAAAUAGCCUGUUCAGAUGGAUUUUGUAACCAUGAAGGGGAGUGUAAUGGAGACCAAACUUGUGAACCUCAGACAUGUGACAGGGCAAGACAUGGCUCCUCAAAUUUGAACCUGAGUACCAAAGGACCAGGAGGAUUGACUUUAACUCUUCAACAGAUGCUAGAGGAAUCGUGUUCGUCAGAUGAAGAAUGCUACAUACCUAUCGAAGAAGUUCAGGAAUUCAAGGCUAGGAUGCUUCACGUCAUGGAGAAGCGUCAAGAGUUAAGGCAGACUCUAAGAAAGAGAUUUGAUGAAUUGUGCGUAAAUCCUCCACAGCCUCGAGCUCAUCACUCUGCUCACUGUGCCUCCAACUAGUUGUGUCUGUUACAUCAAUAAGACUCCUUUACAUUUUCAAAUGGGAGUGGAAGGAAAUGGUUGAUUUGAUUUUGAAGAGUCUAAAAUGUUGAAAUCUCUUAAAUUUACUUAGAAAGGGAAAUUAUAAUAUGUUUAUGAAUCAGAGAAGGAAAAUGUAAAAUGAUACUGUACUGCAAAAACAUGACUGCAUGGUUGCUGUUGCAUAGUACUUGUACAUGCUGUUAGAUUAAUAUGGGACUGUUUUCUUUAUUUGUAUGUUUUGUUCUGAGGUUUUGAAUGGUGCUAGUAGCUCUAAUACCCAGUAAGACGGGAUGGAUUCCAUACAACCCCAAUUCUCUCUGCUAACCAUUUUGUCAUCCUGUGUUACAUUCCUCAUUCAUGUUCCAGUGUUUAUUGAAUAAUUGCAAGUAUACCUUCUGCUGGUAUGUCAAGCUGUUGUAUUUGAAUUGUUUCAGUGUGCAGAGAACUUCUUAAAUUCUGCUUGUGGGAUGUGUCAAAACAUUGUCAGGAUUUCAGCAGUUCUUUUCUGAUUUUGAUUUUUGUGUUUAGAAUAGCGCAACACUAUUAGACAUAACAUUGUCAACAAAUCUGCUUCUUUUUCAGAACUGUGUAUUACAGAAGAUGUGGUUCUAACCAUUUGAUUUUUUUUUUUUUUUUUUUUUUUUUUUUUUUUUUUUAUUGCAUUAUACAACUAUUAGACAUGUUUUGUUCCAUGUGAAGAGUAGUGACUGCCUCAGCGUAUAUGAAGAAUGGAUUUGAAAGUAUGUUUUCAUGUUGUCAAUAUGCAAGUAUAGUUGAAAGAUGGUGAUACAAUUCGUGCACUAGCAACAGAAUAUGUCUAUAUUUUUGUUAUGCAAUUUACAAUAAAUAUACCACUGUCUGAAAUUACAGAAUUCAGAAUGUAGUUGUAGUGCAGAUAAGGGUUUGUAACAGCAUACAUAAGAACCAGUCCAUUCAGAGUAGGACCAAUAAGAAUUGAAGGGUUUUUGCUUUUAAAAGUGUAUAUUUUAAGUUUCAUUUUGUGAUGAGAAUUUGUAUUGAUGUUCCAAAGACUUAGGUUCAUUGGAAGAAUGGUUAAAUGGCUAUUAUUGUUUGUUGAAUACUAAACCUCCUACUUGCAUUCCAAAUUGUUAUUAAUAUUGUAGUCCGUUAAAUAACUGUUGUUCUUAAUAAGACAGGAAGUGUUUGUAGUGGAAAAUAUUUAGGCAGGUUUCAUGUUUGCUUCAAGAAAACUAGAACUUUGGGUUACAGUUUUGAUUACUUAUGCUUAUGUUGAUGGAGAUUUGGGAAUGGAGAAAUGUUUACAAAAAAAGGCAGAACAAUCUGAGAUGGAUUAGAAGUACAGUACAGACUGUAAGGUGGUCA